CACUCCUUUUUCAGUUGGCAUCCGAUAGUGCUGCGAGGAAGAGCGCAGAAGAACGUUCGGGCCAUCAGUGUUCCAGUUUCUGUUUUCGCGCGGACUUUUAUACCUACCAUGACGCGAUAACAACGAGCGUUAUCUAGUUAUCAGCUGAAGUGCGAUGGAGUGAUAUCAGUGUUAUCCGACCAAUAGAAACGUCCCCGCAAGCAACUACAAAGAGAAAUAACAAAAGAAUAAAAGAAAGAAACACCAACAACAAACCAUCUCCUCAGGUGUUAAAAUCUUUAGGAUGGAGCUGCAUCGGUGGUUUUUUGCGGCUAUGCUGUGCGUGCUAACAUCAGCCCAGAAUCAACCCUUCAACCAGUUCAGCACGAACAGCCCACCGUUUCCAACGACGAACCGCAAUUACGACCAGUACUCACCUGCAGACCCAUCGUUCAAUGGGCCUCCACCACAAUCGUACCCAAGACCAGGUGAUGGUUUCGGAAAGCAGGAUCAGUACGGAUCGAACGAUCCGUACGGUCGUUUCGACAACAACAACAGGCCUAGACCACAGUACGAUUACGCAAAUCCCAAUCAGCUGGACGGAUUCGAGCACAGAUCGAUCAUCAGAGAAGCGACGUACUUUAUUGUGGCUUCACGUAUGGUGAGGCCCGGUCAAUUGUAUCGAGUCUCCGCAACGAUUCUAAGGGAGAAGGCGCCUUUGAUUGUACGCGCUUCUAUACACAGAAACGGCGUCGAAAUGUCUGCGGAACACAAAUCCUUGAAGCAGGGCAUCCCGGAAACGCUCUUAAUGAGGGUCCCAACGACAAGCGCGCCCGGUGAAUACAAGCUGCGCGUCGAAGGUCUGUACGACAACGUGCUCGGAGGAUCCGCUUUCGUCAACGAAAGUAAACUCGUGUUCUCGCAAAGAUCCAUGACAAUUUUCAUCCAAUUGGAUAAACCUGUAUAUAUGCAGGGACAAACUGUUCGCUUUAGAACGAUUCCUAUCAACACCGAGUUGAAAUCUUUCGAAAAUGCCAUCGACGUUUACAUGCUGGAUCCCAGUGGGCACAUCAUGAAGCGUUGGCUGUCGCGACAAUCGAAUCUGGGAACGGUCAGCUUGGAUUAUCAGUUAUCCGAUCAACCGGUGUUCGGCGAGUGGAAGAUUAAGGUCGUGGCGCAGGGACAGAUCGAAGAGUCCACGUUUCUGGUGGAGGAAUAUUAUCAGACGCGAUUCGAGGUCAACGUUACCAUGCCUGCGUUCUUCUUCACCAACGAGGAGUACAUCUACGGAACGGUGAUGGCCAAUUACACGAGCGGUGCUCCGGUCAGAGGAAACUUAACAUUGAAAGCCACCAUCAGACCCAUCAAACCUCUGCAGCAGACGCUCAAAGACUUGGACAAGAAACUGCACAGAAAUCGGCCCGGCGAUGAGUACGAUUUCUACGAGUACGAGAACUACGGUGGAAGCAGCAGUUAUAAUCAACACACCGUAGAAAAAUACUUCACUUUUGAGGAGGAAUAUCCAUUCUGGACAAACAUCGCCGACUAUUACUCGAAAACUCCUCACUUAAAUUUCUUUUAUGGUGCUUACAACUUUAAAUAUCCUAUUCGCGAUUUGCUGCAUCACGUGCCGACUUUAGAGAAUAUGGAGGUGAUCAUAACUGCGACCGUCGGCGACAGAUUCCUCGACGAAGUCAUCGAGGGUCAUUCCAUCGCGCGUAUGUUCAACUCUUCGAUCAAAUUGGCGUUCCUCGGAGAUUCACCGCAGGUCUUCAAACCCGGCAUGCCGACCACCGCUUACAUCGUAGCUUCAUUCCACGACGGAUCGCCUCUCGAGGACUCGAGAUUAUUGCAGGGUACGAUGGAGAUUCACACAUCUAUUGAUAGGCAUGGCGGGGCCAGACUUGAUUUACCGACGCGAACCUUGAAGAUGUCCGACGAUAUUGGUGUCUGGCAAUACCACAUCGAUUUGAAGUACGAGUUGGAAUUGGAAGGAGUGAGGAAGGUUAACGAAUUGAACGAUAUAAAAUCGAUACGUAUGCAAGCAUUCUUCAGAGACGCAGAAGGCGGAAGAGCCGACGCGGAUUUGUUAAUGUUGACGCAUUACAGCCCUGAUAAUCAACAUCUAAAAGUCUCCACCAGCACCAUUUCACCAAGAGUCGGAGAAUACAUCAUUCUGCAUAUUAGAAGUAAUUAUUACGUGCCGCGCUUCAACUACAUGAUUGUGGCCAAAGGAAUUGUACUGUUGACUGGGGAUGAAGUGAUGGAGGAUUCGGUUGCUACGAUGGCGGUGACAUUGAGCGCGGAAAUGGCACCUGUGGCCACAGUCGUCGUCUGGCACGUUGGGAAAUACGGUGAAGUCACUGCGGACAGUCUGACCUUCCCCGUUAAUGGAAUCAGCAGAAAUCACUUCUCUGUAUUCAUCAAUAACAAGAAAGCCAGGACUGGGCACAAAGUGGAGAUUGCUAUUUACGGUGAACCAGGUGCUUACGUUGGCCUCUCAGGAAUCGACAACGCUUUCUACACAAUGCAAGCCGGAAACGAAUUAACCUACGCUAAAGUGAUCACGAAGAUGGCUUCAUUCGAAGAAGGAAGCACGAACGGCACGCUUCAGCACACGUGGUUCUCUCACGAAGGAGACCCAGAUGAGCUAGUUUACUAUCCAUCAUCGUCUUAUGGUAUCGACGCGAACAGGACUUUCGCCUACUCCGGUUUAAUCGUGUUCAGUGACAUCGAAGUACCGCGCCGACGAUCUCAAUGCGACGAGUCUCUGGGUAUGGGAGAGUGCUUGAGCGGACAAUGCUAUAAUAUAAGAGGGAAAUGUAAUGGCAUCAGAGAUUGCGAGGAUGGAACUGACGAGAGUGGAUGCGUUUACAAUAACGGAACGGAAAUGCUGUACUUUCGCAAAUACCGAUUCAGCCGCAUCCAGAGGCAAUACGAGAACGUAUGGCUGUGGAAGGACUGCAACAUCGGGCCGCACGGUCGCUUUAUUUUCAACAUUGAUGUACCUGCAAGACCAGCGCAUUGGAUGGUCUCCGCUUUUUCGAUGAGCCCAACCAUGGGUUUCGGAAUGAUCAAUCAACCAAUUGAGUACGUUGGAGUGUUACCAUUCUUCAUCAACGUGGAAAUGCCAACUAGUUGCAUGCAGGGCGAGCAGGUCGGCGUCAGAGUUAGCGUUUUCAAUUACAUGACCAGCCCGAUCGAAGCCACCGUCGUGUUAAACGGAUCGCCAGAUUAUAAGUUCGUUCACGUCGAAGAAGAUGGAAUCGUUGUCGCUUACAAUCCUAGGACUACGUUCGGAGAACAUCAAUUCUUUGUUUAUAUUAAGGCUCAAGACGUCGCUGUGGUUUAUUUACCGAUUGUUCCAACGAGAUUGGGAGAUAUUGAUGUAACCGUGCACGCCACAGCUCUGAUUGGCAAAGACCAAAUCACCAAAAGAAUUAGAGUCGAGGCGGAUGGUAUUCCGCAGUACCGGCACCAAUCUAUGCUCUUGGAUUUGAGCAAUCGCGCGUACGCCUUCCAGUACAUGCACGUAAACGUUACAGAAACUCCGAUCAUUCCAUACGAAUACGAUAGAUACUACGUUUACGGUUCUAAUAAGGCGAAAGUCUCGAUUGUUGGUGAUGUGGUUGGGCCUAUUUUCCCCACGAUGCCGGUGAACGCCACCUCUUUGCUGUACCUUCCGAUGGAUUCGGCCGAACAGAACAUAUUCGGAUUCGCCGCGAAUAUGUACACCACUUUGUACAUGAGAUACGCCAUACAGAGGAACAAGACUUUGGAACGCGAAGCGUUCUACCACAUGAACAUCGCGUACCAAAAGCAAUUAUCCUUUAUGCAACCGGACGGCUCGUUCAGUUUCUUCAGGAGUGAUUGGAAUCAGUCGAUGUCAUCGGUCUGGUUGACGGCACAUUGCGCCCGAAUCUUACAGGAGGCCAGCUUCUACGAAUGGGAGAAUUACAUCUACAUCGACCCAGUUGUUAUUUCGAAGGCGGUGGAAUGGGUGUUGAAGCAUCAAGGACCGGAGGGUGCUUUCUACGAAGUCACCUGGUUGGCAGACAGAAAGUACAAUAACACGUUCACGUACAGCGAAAACGAUCCGUAUCAGCACAGAAACAUCACGUUGACCGCACACGUCGUCAUCAUGUUGGAAACGGUGAAAGAUCUCUCAAGUGGAUUAAGUUCGAAAGUGUCGAUCGCUCAAAUGAAAGCGUUGAAUUGGCUGGAGAAGAACAUGAAGUUGUUGGAGCAGUUCGGCAAUCCCUUCGAUAUUUCCAUCGUAGCUUACGCUUUGAUGAAGAGCAAAGCGAAUAACGCGGAGACUGCGUUCAACUUGUUGGCGCGCAACGCUCGAUUAGAAGGAGGUUUGAUGUACUGGUCCAGAGAGCAGUUGCCUCAACCGCCUUACAAGAUCGAAAAUCAAAAACCUUUCUUGCUACCAAGAUUACCCUACAAGUACGAUUCAGAGAACAUCGAAGCCACCGCGUACGGUCUCAUGAUAUACGUGGCAAGGCAAGAGAUCCUCGUAGAUAACAUCGUGAGAUGGUUGAACACGCAAAGAUUAACGGACGGAGGUUGGGCCUCCACCAUCGACACAGCGCACGCUAUGAAGGCUCUGAUCGAAUACACGGCGGCGCAAAGGAUUCGAGAUAUCUCCAGUUUAUCUGUUACCGUCGAGGCUACAGCACUCGCCGGACAAACGAAGGUGCUGCAUGUGAACGACAAGAACAGAGCUCAAUUGCAAAGCAUCGAAAUCCCAGAAGCCUGGGGCACAGUCAAAGUGCAAGCUAAAGGUACAGGUUACGCGAUUCUUCAGAUGAGCGUCCAAUAUAACGUGGAUAUAGCUAAAUUCCAAACGCAACCGCCGGAACCCGCUUUCGAUUUGUGGACCAGAGCUGACUUCUACGGAAGAAAUCACUCGCACAUUUCCUACUACAGCUGUCAACGUUGGAACAAUCUGAAUGAAUCUGAGAGAUCGGGAAUGGCUGUGCUCGAUAUAGCCAUACCUACAGGUUACAUUGUUCAGCAACAGAAACUCGACGCGUACAUCCUGUCGAAGAAAGUUCGCAAUUUGCAGAGAGCCAAAUUCCUUGAACGCAAAGUCUUAUUCUACUUUGAUUACUUGGACGAGCACGAAACUUGCAUUAAUUUAACAGUGGAACGUUGGUACCCGGUUGCCAACAUGUCCAGAUUCCUACCGAUCCGCGUCUACGAUUACUACGCCCCGGAGAGAUUCAACGAAACAAUCUUCGAUUCCCUGACCACCUACUUGCUGAACAUCUGCGAAGUCUGCGGCAGCAGCCAAUGCCCGUACUGCUACAUCUACAAUUCGGCUUUCGCAACGCCCGUUCCAUUCUUCACCAUAUUCUUCGCCUCGUUCUUCGUCGUCUUCAGAUACCUCUGGUCACAGAACGCGGCCGUCAUUUAAACCGUUCUCGCCCGCGCGCACACCCGUAUUUAAAAAAAACACACACAAAACAGACUGUAUUUCUAUAAUUUAACCAUUUCUCUUAAGUUUUCUCUGAAUUAUUAUUACUUUGUGUUCAUGGAAAUAAUUAUUAUUUUUUUUAUAUAUAUAUAUUUUGUGUAUUGUAUAUGUACAGGUAGUACAAAGGAUAGAUAGUGCCUAUUGAUGAGAGAGAUGAAAGAAAGGAGAGAGAGAGCAGCAGCUUAAAACAAAGAGUUUACCAAACAAAUUUACUUAAUUUGUACGCCCCAAAGAACAACUCUCUCGAAACUUUAACAUAAUUUUUGUUUUUUUUUGCACAAUUUCCAAAAGGAUCCGAAUACUCAAAUUUCUUUUAUUUUAUUGAGAAGUUGUUCGUUGGAGUCGGAACUCCGUUUAGUCUCAUUUAAACCGUCCAAUAUAUCGUUGAGUCCAACCAAGUUGGCAGAGAUAUAUAUAUUUUCCUUAGGAUUUAAGCGUAAAACCUCUAAUAUAAAUAUAAAUUACAUAAAUUCUAAUAUGUGUAAGUAAAAGUGUUUGAUACAUGUACAGUUUU